GAUAUGUGUAGUGUUAAGAGUGUUUGUGUUUCAUAUGGAAACUCUUCAUGUUCAGAUAUGAUGAUGAUGAUGAUGAUGAUGAUGAUGGUGCUGUUCUCUCAUCACACAACACCAGAUAAUAUUCAGAGAUGAUGUGUAAUGUUUGUUGUCUGUCAUACAGAUCAUUCAGAUGUAUAGUGUGAUCAUGUGUGUUGUCACUGAGGAUUGUGGGUAGGUUAUAAACUUGCUGCUCUUUCAUCAGAAUGUGUUUGUUGUGGUUGGAAAUCAUGUGUGACAUCAGAAGUGAUUAUCUUCUGUUUCAGAGGAAUUGAGAAUUUCCCCUGGUGAAAUCAAACGCUUCAGCUUUCAGAAAUCAGAACCUGCUGAACCAUGAUGACGCACAAUGAGUUUGUGUUUUAGAAAAACAAUUGGUGGAGUUUGUGUAGUUGUGUGUUUGUUUAGGGCUGGGCGAUAUAUUGUGAGAUUCUUAUACUUUCAGUUUCUCAAUGACUUGCGGUUAAAUGCCGCCACAUCUGAAAGCCAGAGGCGCUCUUGUGCAGAAACUCAGAAUAUGGGAAACAGAAGAAGAACGAUUAGUUCCAGGAAAUUUCAGUGGUCAUAUUCUAUCGCUGUUCUUCAAACCUUUUCAGACAGCUUGAGCUGUUAACCUUCGCUCAGAGAGUCCUAGGUGACCGGCGGACCAUACAUCACCUGAGCAAACACCUUUCAUGUAAACACAGUGAAGGUGUGUGAGGAGUUCUUCAGCAGUGAGGAGGUGUAUGAGGUGAUGUGGUUCACGACACUGAUCUAACACAGAGUCAGUCAGUGGACCGCCGUGUGUUCUUGAUCCGUGACAUCAUCAGCUCCAGACACAAUGAGGCUGUUCAUGUGCUGAGGGUGACGGUCAUGAGUUCGGUGCGGUCCAUCGGGCCCGAGGGGCUGGUGGCUCUGCUGGAGGGCGGUCUGGACCGCGUGCUGCUGAUCGAUAGCCGUCCAUUCGUGGAAUACAACACCUGUCACAUUCUGGAGGCGGUGAAUGUUAACUGCUCCAAACUGAUGAAGAGAAGAUUACAGCAAGAUAAAAUCCAAAUCACUGAACUUCUGCAGCAUUCUGCCAAGGGGAAGCUGGAACUUCAGGGUCAGGAGGUGGUGGUGUAUGACCAGAGCUCACCUGACUCCGCCUCUCUUUCAUCUGAAGCCUUUCUCAGCAUCUUAUUGGCCAAGCUGGAGAAACGUUUCCCAUCUGUUCAUCUGCUCUCAGGUGGUUUUGUGGAGUUCUCACAUCUGUUCCCAGGUCUGUGUGAAGGGAAAUCCACACUGGUUCCGUCCUGUAUCUCUCAACCGUCUCUCCCCGUCACCAGCUUCGGUCCCACACGGAUUCUUCCUCACCUGUACCUGGGCUGCCAGAGAGAUGUUCUCAACAAGGAGCUCAUGCAGCACAAUGAAAUCGCUUACGUACUCAACGCCAGUAACACGUGUCCCAAACCCGACUUCAUCUCAGAAUGGCAUUUCCUGCGGGUGCCAGUCAACGACAGCUUCUGUGAGAAGAUUCUGCCGUGGCUGGACAGAUCAGUGGACUUCAUAGAGAAAGCCAAGGCCAACAACGGAAGAGUUCUGGUCCACUGUCUGGCCGGAAUCUCCCGCUCGGCCACCAUCGCCAUCGCUUACAUCAUGAAGAGAAUGAACAUGACGUUAGAUGAAGCCUACAGGUUCGUGAAAGAGAAGCGGCCCACCAUCUCACCCAACUUCAAUUUCUUGGGUCAGCUGCUGGACUUUGAGAAGAAGCUCAAGUGUGCAAGUGAAGCGCCGAUCAAGCCCAGAGCCGCGCUGCAGGUGGAUCGGUCAGAAGAUCUGAAGUCUGAAGUCAGCGGAUCACAGGAGUCGCUCUCCGAUCAACAUCUGAUGACCCGAGGGAUGUGCGGUCUGCAGCUGGCGGAGGAGAACACCAGACCCAAACGCUCCUUCUCUCUGGACAUCAAGUCAUACGCUGAGUCUGGAGCGUCGCCACCAAGCGCUCAUCCUGACGGCCCAGAACUCUCCCAACCGCUCGCUUCCAAAGAUUCAGCCUGCAAACCCUGUCAGUUCUCACCCGUGCGGGAGGUUUCAGAACACAGCCCACCAGCCAAACCGCAGACGGCUUCAGUCAAUCGCAGUCCCGCAGCAUCUCCUUGUCGUCAGGCGUUACAUCGCAGCGGCAGCAUGGAGGAAACUCCCAGUAGUGUCCUGUCGAGAUCCAGGCCAGUCGCGCUGAAGGGGUGGCACUCCGACAUCCUCCUGGCCCCAAUGGCCGGCGGCUGGUACCUCUCCUCCGAUUCCGCCCGGUUCUACUCCACAUCGGCAAUAUUCGGCUGUGGUCAGGACCUGGAGAGUGUGCGGAGACGCGGGCGGCAGCGUGGAGGAGACUGUGGCGACUCCCGCAGGAGCUGGCACGAGGAGAGCAGUUUUGAGAAACAGCUGAAACGCCGGAGCUGUCAGAUGGAGUUUGGAGACAGGAUGUCAGAGACUCACUUGAGAGAGGACAUCACACAUGUGGCCAGUCGGUCCAGUUUCUCUGGAAGCAUGGAAAUCAUCGAGGUGUCCUGAGAUCUUCAGACUGACAUCACAGAUGAAUGUUGAAUGGACUGAGCCUGUGAGUUAAACAUUUGAUCCAGUACCUCAGAUAUAAGUGCUUCUUGUAGCUCAUUGAUGACAUCUCAGGUCUUUCUUUUGAGAAGCAGAUUCCCUGAACUGACCGUAUGAAUGAUGUUCAUGUGAAGUACAGGUCAUCUGUCAGAGCUGAAGAUCUCUCGUGUGUAGUCACGUGACUGAAGUCAUUCAAUACAACACUUCAUUUUGCUCAGAUCAGGUCAUUCAGUAUCAUUUGGCACUGGAAAGAAAUGAAGUAAACAAGCACACAAAUCAUGAGAUUCCGAUAAUAAUCACAUGACAUCACCAGUCACAUGUUUGCACUUCCUUUACCAUCCAACGCUCAAAGAUGUUUUGAGAAUAUAACUGAUCACAUAUUAUCUUGAAUGCUAACCCACACUUUUUGUUUCGCUUCCUCCAUAUAAAAACUGAAUUUGGUCCACAAACGUAUUUGUUGACCAACUAAAAGCAAAAAUUUAGAUCAGCCCAUAAAACUCUGAAGGGAUCAUAAAGAACUUUGUGUCUCAACUCUUGACUGGUGGUCUGAAUGAAUGUGUUUCAGUGAUGGAGCUCAGUUUGUGGUGGAAUGGAGAUGUGCUGAUGUCAAUCAAAUUAGCUUUCUUCAUGUUAUUGUGUUGCACUAUUCUACAGAAGAAUGUGAGCUGUUUUAUCAAGCUGUUGUGAUGAUGAUGAUUGGAAUGAUUUUCGAUGAUAAAGAGUGAUUCGGUCAAACAUCUUUGAAGACUUCAUAAUGUUCACACAUAAGUUUAAUCUCUGGAGUGUUUCUGAGGUGUGUGGUCUCUCUCUCUCGCUCUCUGUUUGUAGGGUUCGCCAGAUCACAUUCAGCUGUUAUCUACAGGGGCCCGUUUCAAUAAGGAAGUUCAACCAACACCGAGUUAAAAUCUGAACCCUGAGUUGAUUUACUCAGAGAAUCGUUACUCUGAGUUUUCAGUUUCAGAACAGCUGAUUUGAGUUAGUUCAAUCAACCCUGAGUAAGUUCACUCUAGGUUACGCGCGUGCAGCAUGGCGAUGAAAAGCCAUCAUCAAUUGAGUGAAGAUAGCACGAUUCACCAUGGCAACGGCACGUGACAAAAAGCGCUCUGUUCAUUUCUCGCCAAUCAAAUUGAAGGAACUGUUACAAGCGUAUAGUGAAUAUGAGCAGAUAUUUAGAAAAAAGUGCAACACAGCCGCAGCAGCAAAAGAAAGAGAGUUGGCGUGGGAGAAAAGUGCUUCACGUGUUAAUGCGCAAGUUUAUAUGUCAAUCACUUUUAUAUUUAUUUUGUUGAAACUGUGAAAAUGUAAAUUAUAUUUAACUCUCUUGCUCUCAUGUAGGUGAAAUCCUUCUGCAAUAAAAAGAUCUUGGCAGCAGCUGAAUAUGAAAUAUACGACGGCGUCGUAAAAAAAAAGAUUUCGAGAAUAAAGUCGAAAUGUUACGAGAAUAAAGUCGAAAUGUUACGAGAAUAAAGUCGAAAUGUCAAAAUCUGACAUGAACUACGAAUUAACUCACUGAUUCAGAUGACGUACUUAAACAUAAUUUAAACUCUUAAACUUCAACUUUCACGAAAAUAAAAUACGUAUUACGACGAGUUUAUUCUCGUAACAUUUUGACUUUAUUCUCGUAAUCUUGAAUUUAUGUUAUUUUUAACGUGGCACUAAAACGCCGUGGUAGAAAUACAAUAACAUCAUUCAUUCAGGAAAGUUUAAAGAAAUAAAAUAGUCUUGCUAGUAGGAUGACUGAUUGGGAAAUGUUAAAUAUACUUCUUAAACUGGCCUUAAAAGUUAAGAUAAAACGUCCAAACGGGGCCUCAGAAUUCUCUCCAGACAUAAAUAUAAUUCUGUGCGAAUUAAUGCAGCUUCCUCAUCUAUGGGUUCAUGAAUAAACGAACAUGCUAUUUUAAGUUCUGUGUGACUAAAUAGAGCGCGAUUAGGAACUCUAAUCAAUAAACAUAUGACGUAUGUCAUUUCAACCCGCUCGCGCUUCGAAAAGGGGGCGGAGAUUGUAACAAACCCUGCGUUUGCGGAAUAAAACCUGCUCCCGACCAGGUUAGGUUCACGGAGUAGGUUACUCUGGUUACUCACCCGGAGUAUAAAAUACCUCGAUUUCUGAAAUGGGCUUGACUUACUCCGCGGUCGCGGGUUUGACAUUCCUCGCGUUCUGAAACCAAAAACCCUGAGUAUUCCGUUUUCUGGGGUUGACUUACUCGGAGUUUGCACUUACCCUGCUUUCUGAAACGGGCCCCUGAUGACACAGAGAGCCCGUUUCAAUGUUGAAAACAAGCUAUUUAACGCCGACUCAGUUAUUUUAGCCCGUUUGCAGAAGACUGUUGAUUCAGACGAUCAUUCACUGUUUAUUGGUCGACAUAAACAGUGCUUAUCAGCUCUUUUAACUCAAAGCUUUUAUAACAUCUCUAUCUUUUGUCACGUUAGGAUCUUUCAGAAACAACUUAAAUCGAUCUAGACUGGUAUCACAAUCAUUGCACGUUAAUAAUGGACUAACUUUACCUUAGUUAAGAAUGAUAUAUACUGAGUCCAACUGUAAAUGGUUCUUAAAAUCGAUCAACAAUUAAGAAUUUAAGAAAAUGUUUAUGACGGUGUAAAGUGGGAUGAUAACAUCUAACGUUUGUCCUACUAACUUAAAUUGAUCUGAAUGACAGCAGACAAACCUGCGAUUGUGAUCCGUCAAUUCAUGUAAUGUUACAAUCAAUGGAUAUUGUUACAUUAAAGACUUAUCCCGUUAUCAAGCAAGCCAAAUAAAUCGUAUCAUUGCUUUUCACAAUUUACUUUACCUUAAUUUUAUUAAAUGCGCACCAAUUAUGAGCGGACACCAGCACCAAAUAAACGUGAACGCGCAGCCUCGCCUCGUCACACGAAGAAUUCUAAAUGACAGGUUCACCGUGGCCGUGUCCAAAAUCACCACCAUACCAUUCACUAUUCCAUACAUUACAUCACUACUGUAGGUUAGGGUUAAAAUAGUGCACGGAAAACGGAACGAGUGAAUGAUCUCGGCCGCUGCCGCAAAGCCCUGCGGACGCCAUCUUGUGCCGAAUCCGGGGAAUUCAUUCAGCACGAGACAGCCGUUUUACCACAUAAAUGAAUCACCAGAGGGCAAAGACUAAACACAAACACUUAUUUUAAAUUAAGCAAUCAAUGAAGAUAAAAAAAAAUCAUGAAAAUAAGGCUUUCAUUUGUCCUCAUUUGAAAAACUUGCUUACGUGUACUUCACGUAAAUCACCACAGGAGGGCGCUUGCAGGUUGGUCUCGCCUAUCAAAUAUGUAUUAUUUAAAGCCAUUAAAAUAGGAUUCGAGUGUAUUUCACAUAAAUCACCCCAGACCACAAACACAUAGUUUAAUUAUGCAAUUACUGAAGAAAAUACUUAGAAUAAUUACAGAAGAUUUACCAAACAGAAGUUUUUCCUUUUUCUCCAUUAAAAGUCGUAAAAAGGUUUUGAGUGAAUCACCACAUGAGGGCGCCUGAAGUUACGGUCUCGACAGGAAUAUAUUUGUUAUUGUUUCAACAGAAAUACUGGCAUAACCAGUGUUGGGGAGUAGCUAACUACAAGUAGCGACGCUACUAACUUAACUACAUUUUUCUGUAGCUUGACGGUAGUUAAGUUACUUUUAAAACAGUGUAGCUUUUCCGGUAGUUAAAUACUUUUACAAGCAAGUAGCGGUGUAGCGUGCCCAAACGCUACUCGCUACAUUCCAUUGCGACGAACUUUAAAGCAAUAAGUAGUGCAGCGCACUGAGCACAUGCGUCGUCACUUUACUUACUACUGAAAAUGUUUGCAUUACUGCCAGCUAGUGUCCUGUGACGCAUCUCGCGGCUUACGCACAGUAUUCAGAUGCGUCUGAUGAUUACGUGAAUGUCCCGAAGUUAACUCGACACACACACAUCCAUCCAGGAUGGAGCAAGGCAUGGCGACUGAAUUUCAGAUUCAUAAUCGGAAGAUGUAUAAUGUUUCUACAGCCUUUUAAAGUGGAAAACUGUGUAUUUCUCCAAAAUGCUACAGUAAAAAAAUCCAUAUGGUGUGCAUAUAUUGCGGGACGGCCCCAACUGAAACCCACCAUCCGUUUUUUCUACUUAUUAAAAAUAGGUUAUUGAAAGAGACACGGAUCCUCUACAUUUAAAUAAAGCUUUAAAAGCAGCGUUCCUGGAAUUUACGGUAAACCACUCAAUAUCUGCGCAAAAUAACAUUGAAAUCAUAACUGUGUUGUAUUACAUUGUUUUCUUAAAAUAUUUUUCAUUAACAAUGAAUCAGUUAUUCUUUAUAUACAAUGAAACUCUAAAAGUAGUUUCAAUGUAGCUAGCUACUGUUUUAUAGUAACUUGUAGUGUAGCUAACUGCUUUUUCAAAUGGGUAACUUAGCUGUAACUUAACUACUUUUAUUGAUGAGUAGCUUGUAGCUUAUCUAACUACAGUUUCAUAGUAGCUUCCCCAACACUGGGCAUAACACAACACAUUUGGUUUAAUUAUGCAAUCAUGAUAAUCAAAUAAAUUAAGGAAAUUUGCAAUGCUGCGGUUUUAACAAAAUCCUCCGUUAAAAUGCGUGGAGGCUCGGACCCGGAAACAGUAUUCCUUACGUCACGACGUAACAGGCGGAGAGCUUUAGUGAGUAUUUCAUGGAAAUCAUCCCAGGACGCACCUGAGUUACGGUCUCGCCAGGAAUAUAUACAUAUAUUUAUUUAUGUAAUUAUGCUUCAACGGAAAUGCUGACGAAACACAACACAUUUGGUUUAAUUUUUUUUUAAUUUUUUUACAAAACCGCGAUUUUCCUUUCUCUUAAAUUAAAGCCAUAGAGAAAUAGUUAGAGAUUUGAUGGUGCAAGCAAGCAAAGAACUAAUAAAUGAAGAAAAUUCACAAUACUACGGUUUUCUUCAUUACAGCCAUAGAGGUUUCGAGUGUGUAACAUAUAAAUCACCUCAGGGCACAGAUAAAAAACGUAGGCUACGUAUAUAUGCAAUCAAUAAAAAAAAUGUAAUAAUAAAAGACAAUUACAAUACUAAGGUCUUCCUUAAAUCCCGUUUAAAUCCAUAGAAUUAAGGUGUUUUUGAGAUACAUCACCACAAGGAAGCGCCUUGCUGUUACGUUUUGUGAGUUUUGGUCCAAAAUAUGUUCUAUAGCCAUAUAUUGGUAAUAAUUAUUAUUCAGGGAAACGAAACUUUUGUUUUCUAAGGAUGUGAAACACAAGCGGCAUUUUUUUAGCAGACAUCCAAAAGACCUCUUGAGAAAAGAAUGGUCAUGGGAAUGUUUUAAGCGAAAAAUGUAGGUGUCAUUAAAUAUGUUUUAUAUUAAAACGAUUGAUUUAAACAACAAGCUGUAAAAUCGAUGUAAAUCUAAAGGCUGUAAAGUGUAGAUGCGCUUCAUGUCUUUGACCAGCAGAUGGCAGUCAUGCACAUGUGCAGAAAACCUUCGCGCGACGCACUAAACACUUUUUUUACAACAAAAAAACUAAAAAAUCCUUGUUAAUCGUUGGCUUGAUGAAGAUUACUGCCAUACACGUAUUGUUUCGUAGCCUCUCUAUCUCUCUCCCUCUCCUCCUUUCUCUCUCUCUCCCCGUGUGUGUGUGUGUGUAGAUCAUCAUCAUCAUCAUCACCACCAACAACCAGUGGAGGACAAAGACACAGAAAUGGGUCACAGGAGCGGCUGAUCCACGCGCACAGAGCUCAUGGGGAUCAAAGUUCUUCCUGCUGGAGAUUCAGACUGAGAGUGUUUCAGCUCCUCCAACUUCACACAGCACACAUCGAUCUGUAGGAUCCUCUCCUCGCUGCUGUAUCCUUUGAAGUCAGAGU